AUGGUGUCUAUCAAUGGUGUAUCAGCAUUGCUGCUAGUAUUGCUCCAUGUUUUCAAUGUCGCGUCUGGGUUUUCAUCGUGGUCUUCCAGCCCUCAGGUUGUUGGGAUGAAAAGAUCUAAUCCAAUCCCAAGGUUACCAUGUCUCCAGACAACAGGAUCAACGUUUUCCCCACUUCGGCAACAAAUGUCAACCAGGAAUGUCGGUGAGCUGGAAAGCGAAGGAGAAAAUCCAUCAUCAAAGACACCAAUGACACCCAAAGAUGGUUCUGUCAACAUGACCACAGAGAAUGAUUCGACACUGCCUUCCUAUAGGAAACUAGCGGCAUUCAUUGGUACUACAGUUAUCAUUUGGCUUUCCGAACCAUUGUUGAGCUUGGUGGAUACCACGGUUGUCAGCAUGACCAGUCAACCAGCGUCGGCCAUUCUUCAAAUCGCGGCACUCGGUCCGGCUACCAUCCUUUACGAUUCCGAAAUUUACACUACCUACUUUUUGGCCAUGUCUACAACUAAUCUCCUGGCACCCAUAUUGGCAAACAAGGACUGGAGGCAACUGCGAAAAGCAACGUCGAAUCUCUUGGGCUUAUCUGCGCUCCUUGGAAGCUUGAUUACGGUCAUCAACUUUACAAUGGGAAAAAGCAUCCUUGCUGGAAUGGUGGGAACAGUAGCCGAACCUGCGAUGCUCCCACUGGCCACCAAUUAUGUAUUGAUUCGAUCUCUUGUAGCCCCAUGCGUCAUCCUGCAGCACGUUUCUCAGGCCUUUUGCUUGACGACCAUGAACACCAAAACUCCUGCCAUCGCGGUUCUGGUGGCAUCCAUUGUCAACGUUGUUGGAGAUUUAUUGCUGUCCCCGAAACUAGGGAUACAAGGGGCUGCUAUUGCAACAGCGUUUGCUUCUCUGUCGUCAUGUCUCAUCUUGCUUGACCGAGUGCGCAAGGUAACCAACGAAUGGAAACAAAACCAAGGAGCCGAAGAACAAGAAACAUCACCUCUGGUAACAUCAUCCAACACUGAAUCAUCGUCAGACGAUAUCCCAUUCUGGUCUCUGCCAGACAAGAAAUCAUUGAAGGAUCUAUUGCUACUUGCAGGGCCCAUCUUUUUUGUAAUGAUGGGCAAAGUUGGCUGCUACUCGGCAUUAACCUUACGAGCGACCGGCCUUAGCGUUAUCAACUUGGCAACCCACAAUAUUAUGAUGCGCAUAUUCUUCUUCUUUUCUUGCUUUGGCGAUUCACUUGGCCAGGCUGCUCAGUCAUUCUUUCCGCAGGUGGCGAAAACUGACAGAAAGAAGCUGAUUCAAAGAUUACUUGGAGCAGCCACCAUUGUUGGUCUCGCCAACUGCCUUUCGUCCAGCCUAAUCUUGACUAGGUUUAAUGGAUUUUUGACCAAGGAAGUUGCGAUGUCUCAACUCAUGAAACAGUUUGCAUCAUACGUCUGUGUCACGGAAUUGAUGCACCCAUUCGUCAUGCUAAUGGAAGGAUUGGUCCUAGCGAAACGUGAUUUGAAGUUUUUAGUGGCGCUCUAUUUCUCCACUUCGGUCGCUCAUCUUGGAUUUGUCUUCUCCAAGUGGGGAUCAAGUUUUGGUGGAUUGUGGCAAGCCUUGCUAUGCUUCCAAAGUCUUCGUUUUGGUCAGUUUGCAAUUCGAGCGAUACAACAAUCGCGAAAAGAAAAGGUCGCCAUGGAAGUUGUGUGA